AUGGCUGGUUCCAAUCCUACUACCACUAAUAAUAACAACUCAUGUUCCAACAAUAACACUAGUAAUAAUAAGUUGUACAAAGGGGUGAGGAAGAGAAAAUGGGGCAAAUGGGUAUCUGAAAUUAGACUUCCAAAUAGUCGUGAGAGAAUAUGGUUAGGAUCCUAUGACACACAAGAGAAAGCCGCUCGAGCUUUCGAUGCGGCUCUCUUUUGUUUGCGUGGUCGUCAUGCUGGUUUCAAUUUUCCUAAUACACCUCUUAGCAUCAAUGUACCUUUUCAUGGUCACAAUUCUCUUUCUCCACAAGAGAUUCAAGAGGUUGCUUCUAAAUUUGCCAAUGAUCCACCAAUUGAGCUUACUCAAGAAGAUCAAGAUCAACAAGUACCUCUAGAGUCACAAAAUAAUAGUGUCAAUUCCAAUAAUUCAAAUUCUCUAUAUGAUCAUAAUAAUGAUGGGAGUGUGCAAGUAGAUUAUGGUGACUUGAGAAUGAUGGAUUGGAGAUUUGAUGAUAUGUUGGAUGAUUUGAAUGAAGUUGCUUGCUCCGAUUCCGGCCUCUAUUCCGGUCUAGAAAAGAUGCAAUACUCCACUCAACUUUUUGAGGAGGAUAAUGUCUACCAAAUUGAAGGUGAAGAUGCUUUUUCAAACCAUUCAUUCCUUUGGAGUUGGAACUUUUGAUCUUAAGGCUCUACAAUCCCUUCGUUCCCUCUAUCUCCCAUCAACUUCAAUCCUAUGCAAUAACUAUAUGGUCACUAUAAAGAUAUUACAAAUCUAUCUCUUAUUAUGAUCGUCUCCAAAAACACAAAGUAAUCCAAAUAGUAAGAUAAUAGUUAGGUUAGAAAGGCCCUUUUUUUUUAUAUCCC